AUGAGUGACUCCAAUCUUACCAUCUUCCACCCUGCAGUGUUCAUCCUACUCGGCAUACCUGGCUUGGAGGUUUACCAUACCUGGCUGUCAAUACCCCUCUGCCUCAUGUACCUCAUUGCAGUCCUGGGGAACAGUGUCCUGAUAGUGGUCAUCAUCAUGGAACGUAGCCUUCAUGAGCCCAUGUACAUCUUCCUCUCCAUGCUGGCCAUCACGGACAUCCUACUGUCCACCACUACUGUACCCAAGGCCCUAGCCAUCUUUUGGUUCCAUGCCCACGACAUUGCUUUUGAUGCUUGUGUCACACAAGUUUUCUUUGUCCAUGUGAUGUUUGUGGGGGAGUCAGCCAUCCUACUAGCGAUGGCCUUUGACCGUUUUGUGGCCAUCUGUGCACCCUUGCAUUAUGCAACAGUGCUAACAUGGCCCAUUGUGGGAAAGAUUGCUCUGGCCAUUGUCAUCCGAAGCUUCUGUAUCAUUUUCCCUGUGAUUUUCUUGCUGAAGCGAUUGCCCUUCUGCCAAACCAACAUCAUCCCUCAUUCCUACUGUGAACAUAUUGGAGUGGCUUGCUUAGCCUGUGCUGACAUUACCAUCAACAUCUGGUAUGGCUUCUCAGUGCCCAUUGUCAUGGUCAUCUUGGACGUGAUUCUCAUUGCCGUGUCUUACUCUCUGAUCCUCCGAGCUGUGUUCCGUUUGCCCUCCCAGGAUGCCCAGCACAAGGCCCUCAGCACUUGUGGCUCACACCUCUGUGUCAUCCUCAUGUUUUAUGUUCCAUCCUUCUUUACCUUAUUGACUCACCGCUUUGGACGCAACAUCCCUCGACAUGUCCAUAUCGUGCUGGCCAAUCUUUAUGUGGUGGUGCCACCAAUGCUCAAUCCCAUUGUCUAUGGUGUGAAGACCAAGCAGAUCCGGGAGGGUGUAGUCCACUGGUUUGUUAACAUCAAGGCUUUGUGCUGUGCUUCCCCACUGGGCUGA